GGCUUGCUCUUCCUCGACCAUCGAGACACACACAACUUCUCCUGUCUGCCUACCGAUAGCUCUAAUAGCUGCCCUCUCAAGUACUAGCUACACGAUGGCCACCUGCUCCUCCACAGUAGUUGCACUUGGUGCACUUCUCUUCUCGCUCCUUGCAACGUGUGGCUCAUGCGCUAGACCAGUGAGCUUUAACGCCUCCGACUUCACCGCCGAUCCCGACUGGGAGGCUGCCAGGGCAACCUGGUACGGUGCGCCCACCGGCGCCGGCCCUGAUGACGACGGUGGCGCCUGUGGAUUCAAGAACGUGAACCUGCCGCCGUUCUCGGCAAUGACAUCGUGCGGCAACGAGCCCUUGUUCAAGGACGGCAAGGGCUGCGGCUCCUGCUACCAGAUACGAUGCCAAAACAACGAUGCCUGCUCCGGCAACCCUGAGACGGUGAUCAUCACUGACAUGAACUACUACCCCGUGUCCAAGUAUCACUUCGACCUCAGCGGCACGGCGUUCGGCGCCAUGGCCAAGCCCGGCCGCAGCGACGAGCUCCGCCACGCCGGCAUCAUCGACAUCCAGUUCAAGAGGGUGCCCUGCAACUACCCCGGGCAGAAGGUGACGUUCCACGUGGAGGAGGGCUCCAACCCCGUCUACUUCGCGGUGCUCGUCGAAUUCGAAGACGGCGACGGCGACGUGGUGCAGGUGGACCUCAUGGAGGCCAACUCCGGGUCGUGGACGCCGAUGCGCGAGUCCUGGGGAUCCAUCUGGAGGCUGGACUCCGGCCACCGCCUCACCGCGCCGUUCUCCCUGCGCAUCACCAACGAGUCCGGCAAGACGCUGGUGGCGAACCAAGUCAUCCCGGCCAACUGGGUGCCCAACACCUACUACCGUUCCAUCGUCCAGUAUUAGCAAUAUAUACCCUGCUGCGCACAAUAAUAAUUCUGUGUCAUUGUGGUUGAUUAGUAGUUUGGUACUAGUAUUGUAUUGCUGCAUGGACUGAUGAGCUACUGAUGAGGUCGCCUCAGUCAGUUACUAGUAAGGGUGUUGGUGGUGCGUGGCUUCUUUAAUUCAGGGAUUUGAAGACUGGGGAAAUGGAGGAAGCAAAGUUAAUUUGCAAAUGCUUUCCCGCCCAUUGUCAAUGCAUGUACCAGUGCGAUUAAGAUUAUAAUUAUUAAUCGUAUUUUGUGCCA